UUACCUUAUGUUUCUUUAUUUAUACUUUCACUACUGGACUUCUUAGUCUUUAUUCUUUGCGGAGAUUUCAUGACUUCUUAUUUUCUUCAUUCUCCUAAUUAGUUUCACAUUGUUCCUUACUUCAGCAGCCCAAACUACAGAAGAUCUUGUGGACCUAUAACAUAAUAAAGUAACUUACCUAUAUAGAAGAUGACAAAUAUAACAAAUGUGAGCGAGUAUGAAGCAAUUGCAAAGGAAAAGUUGCCAAAGAUGAUUUAUGACUACUUUGCAUCAGGGGCUGAGGAUCAGUGGACUUUGAAAGAGAACCGGAAUGCAUUCUCAACGAUUAUGUUUAGGCCACGUGUACUUAUUGAUGUAAGCAAGAUAGAUUUGACAGCAACUGUAUUAGGCUUCAAAAUAUCAAUGCCUAUCAUGAUUUCUCCUACAGCUGCACAAAAGAUGGCUCACCCUGAAGGAGAGUAUGCUACUGCUAGAGCGGCAUCAGCAGCUGGCACCAUCAUGACACUAUCCACAUGGGCUACUUCCAGCAUGGAGGAGAUUGUUUCAACAGGACCUGGCAUUCGUUUCCUCCAACUCUAUCUAUUUAAAGACCGAAAUAUGGUUACUCAGCUUGUGAGAAGAGCUGAGAAUGCUGGUUUCAAGGCAAUUGUCCUUACUGCAGACUCUCCAGUCCUUGGUCGUAAAGAGGCCAACAUAAAAAAUAGAUUUAAACAGCCAUCAUAUCUGAGAUUGAAGAACUUUGAAGGCAUGGAUCUUGAAAAGUUGUAUAAGGCUAAAGACAAUAGUGGUCACACCUCUGUUGUUAAUGGCCUAUAUGACCAAUCACUCACCUGGAAGGAUGUAAAAUGGCUUCAAACAAUCACCCCAUUGCCAAUUUUAGUGAAAGGAAUACUUACUGCUGAAGAUGCUAGGUUAGCUAUACAAGCUGGAGCUGCUGGAAUCAUUGUUUCCAAUCAUGGUGCUCGCCAACUUGACUAUGUCCCUGCAACUAUUAUGGCUUUAGAAGAGGUUGUUGAAGCUGCAGAAGGAAGAGUUCCUAUUUUUAUGGAUGGUGGAGUCCGCCGAGGGACAGAUGUUUUUAAAGCAUUGGCUCUUGGAGCAUCCGGUGUAUUUAUUGGAAGACCUGUAGUGUUCUCGUUGGCCGCUGAGGGUGAAGCUGGUAUAAGAAAUGUACUUAAGAUGCUUCAUGAUGAACUGGAAAUAACCAUGGCACUUUGUGGUUGCCCUUCACUUAAGGACAUAACUGGUGACCAUGUUGUGACAGAUCGCGACCGCCCAAGAAUUGCUCCUAGAUUAUGAGAUAUCAUUCUGUAUAGUGUUGGAGCAUGAGGAGGGUACUCAUUGAUAAACUGGCAAACUAUAAACUAUAGGAAUUUAAUUUUAUAAUGUUAUAAAUAUUUUAUUUCAUGUUAUAAAAAUGAGAUUUUCUCAAAUUUUCAGUAAUAUAUUUUGACAGAUAGGAGUUUGGACGGUGGAUUGAAAA